AAAUUUGUUUUUCGGAAGAUUUGUUCCAGACUGUACGCCUUUCUGGCAACAACAACUGCUAUACUCGCCGUGGAUUUUGAUGUGUUCCCACGCCGUUUUGCAAAAACAUCGAUUUACGGUCGAAGUAUAAUGGAUCUUGGAACAGCCACAUUUGUUUAUUGUUUUGCUGUGGUCGAUGUAUUCCGGGAGUUUCCGGGAAGGAUCAGAAGUUCCAUUGCUCCAGGAUAUAGUGCUACGCUAAGUUCGCAAGUCUAUGUCCAUAUGAAUCCAAAAAAUUUCCCAGUCGCUGGAAUGAAAGGAUUCACUGUUGCUGUUUCCAGUUAUUUCCCCAUCAAGCCAUCGUCAGCGUUUGUCCUGAUUCUGUUUGGUGUUAUCAGAACAGUGGCACUUCGUUUGGUACACUAUCCAUAUCAAGCAGUUGUUGAUGUACUGGGCCGCCGAUUUCAUCUAUUAUUAGGCAUUAUUAUUGCAGUAACAUACCAGUAUUUUCUAACUGGUCAAAGAUUGCAGAUGUAUUUGCUAUCAGGUAAAAUAAAAAGAUCAGAUUUUCUGGCGAAAAAUCGUGAAGGCAUCUCCUCGGUGCUUGGUUAUUUGUCAAUUUAUUAUUUCGCUUCGGCCAUUGCCAGCUUCUUAUUCUCAGAAAUUGCUCCUCAUAAUUAUUGCAGUAAUGAAAUACAUCUCAAUAAAGCUGAAAAAAGGAAACGUCUUGGAAUAUGGUUUUCCGCAUUAUUUAAAGUAUUACUGAUUGCGGGUCUGCUGUUCUUUAUCCAAAAAAUAGCCGAACAACAUGUUGGUCCACCAUCACGUCGAAUUGCUAAUGUACCAUAUGUUCUGGAAAUGGUAAUCGCCAAGACCGUAUAUUAA